AUGGAUUACAGAAAUGCUAGUGAUGAAGACCUAAAAAAAGCCUACCGUCGUCUCGCCAUGAUUUGGCACCCGGACAGAAACCCUAGCAGUAACAAAGGAGAAGCGGAAGCCAAAUUCAACCAGAUUUCUGAAGCGUAUGAUGUGUUAAGCGACCCCAAGAAGCGUCAGAUCUACGAUCUUUAUGGGGAGGAAGCUUUGGAAAAGAGAAAGAGUAAGGCGAUAUUGGUGGCAUCAAUAGUAGAACUAUGGAAGUGUGGUGGAAUGCCAGAAAAGGGAAGCAUUGUAGGAUACAAGUUAACGUGGGAAAUGGUGGACGCGUGCUUUUUCAGCUCCACAGUACUGACUACUAUUUCUCUGUAUCAAAGAUGCAACAACACUGAGAGUGGAGAAUGGGAGAUGGUUCUUGACGGCUAUGAGGCGGUGGUGAAGUUCGUUGUCAGGUUUGAGAGAGUUGAAUUUAGGGUUUGA